GCCGCCAGUAGGACGGCUACUCGCCUUGCUCGCCCCAUGGCGGCCAGCAGUGGCACUAUGACGGCCGGGGCCGGGCGGCUCUACGACAUUGUGGUGUUCGGCGCCUCGGGCUUCACCGGACAGUUCGUGGUGGAGGAGGUGGCGCGGGCGGCGGCGGCGGCGGCGGCCGGCGAGGGGCAGUUGUGCGGCGGCCGCCUGCGCUGGGCCGUGGCCGGACGCAGCCGCGAGAAGCUGCGGGCGGUGCUGGAGCGGGCGGCAGAGCGGCUGGGGAAGGCGGCCCCCGGGGAGGAGGUCGGCGUGCUGCUCUGCGAUGUGGACGACGCGGACUCGCUGGCCACCAUGGCGAGGCAGACCCGACUGGUGCUUAACUGCGUGGGCCCGUACAGAUUCUUUGGAGAACCUGUUGUAGAAGCUUGUGUUGAAAAUGGUGCAAGCUGCAUUGACAUUAGUGGAGAACCCCAGUUUCUGGAAGGAAUGUACCUGAAAUACAAUGAAAAAGCUGCAGAAAAGGGAGUGUAUAUCGUUGGAAGCUGUGGCUUUGACUCCAUACCGGCGGAUAUGGGAGUACUGUACACUAAAGACAAGUUGAAAGGUACCUUAACUGCUGUUGAGAGUUUCCUGUCAGUGAAAUCUGGGCCUGAGGGUGUUGGUGUACAUGAUGGGACCUGGAAGUCAGCUGUCUAUGGCCUUGCAGAUGAAGACAACCUGAAGAAGCUUCGAAAACAGAUAGGAUAUGCCCCUGUUCCAGUAGUUGGUGCAAAACUUAAAAAAAGAGGAUUUUUGUUUUACAGUCCAGAGUUCAAGGAGUACUGCCUUACAUUCAUGGGAUCUGAUGGUUCUGUUGUGAAAAGGACUCAGCGUUAUUUGCACACCGAGUUGCAGCAAACACCUGUCCAGUAUGGCGCUUAUGUGACUAUAGGUGGUCUUGGCUCUGUUAUCAAGCUGAUGUUUAUGGGCAUGUUAUUUCUUCUUCUGGUGAAGUUUAACUUUGGAAGGAAACUUCUGACAAAAUACCCGGAAUUUUUCUCUGCUGGACGCUUCACAAAGAAAGGACCAACCCAGAAGCAGAUGGAUGGAACCUCUUUUACAAUGACUUUUUUUGGUGAGGGUUACAGUGAGGGACAAGAUCCCCAGAAUGGCAAACCAAAUGUGAAGAUCUGCACUGAAGUGAAAGGACCAGAGCCUGGGUAUAUUGCUACACCAAUUGCAAUGGUUCAAGCAGGUCUGUCUCUCCUGGAAGAUGCUGCUUCUCUGCCUAAACGGGGUGGUGUAUAUUCUCCAGGAGCCGCCUUCUCCAAAACAAAACUGAUUGAUCGCCUCAACAAGCGCGGUGUUGAGUUCUCUGUUAUUAGCAAGCCUGAAGUCUGAACUCAAAACAACUGUAUGAACUAACACCUUUCCUGGGUCUAACUCUAAUAAAACUCAUUUGGCUGCAAGGGCCUAAUCAUAAAACAGUUUCACUGUGCUAUUGUUUGCAGCAGAAACAGAAGAAAAUUUGAAUUAAAAGCUAUAGUAGUAUUUGCUAUAGUGAGCAAACCCCUAAAGGGUGGGUAUUGAGUGUUAAUUCACCAAUAUAUUAAAUUGGUAACUUCUUGGGUACUAAUUCUGGAAUUUUAAUCUCCUUCAUCUAAGUUCCUACUUCAUGGACCCACUAUAGCAUCUGCUUCACAAGUAACCAUAGCUGCCUUGCUUUGUCCCAUUCUGCAACUAUGUAAAGCAGGCAGCCUGGGAACACAAGUGCCUUAGCAGAUGGAGCUACUAGUUACCCUUCAUGUGUGCUUGGUAUAUGUCUUUAUUAACAUCUUCAAUUAAUCUUUCCUUUAUUUAAUAAUUGUUCUUAGUGCAGAUCUAUCUACUUUCUGUAGUUAGGUAAGUAGUCAUGAACUGUAUUGUGCUUUUGCUUCUGUAGAGAAGGAGGCUUGUUCUGUUGAUUGUUUUUGGAAUCUGACCUGAUGUGAUCCAGGUUCUGGGUGCACUGGCCUGUUUCACACUACUCGCUACUGUGGUUGAUAAGCCUGUUUUUUGCUGUUACCAUAAGAAUUAUGAGAGUGUCUUGUCCUGCUGUCUGAUUUCUGGGUUUGCAUUUGUGGGCAAUGGAAGCAUUGAGUCACAGGAAUAUUUGAAAGGCAGCCUUCAUGAUUUUCAGGAGUUUGAAUACAUUAAAUUUUGUUUCUGUGUAGAGGCUUUUUUUUGUUUUAUCAGUAGAACUUGUAAAAAACCAUGAAAAUUACUCUGAAAUACAUAAAGGUCAUGGAAGUCUCUAUCUCCCUCAGCUGCAUCACCUUCCCCUUUAUUAUUCUGAGGCAAAUCACUUACAAAUUGAUGCUUUAUAGUAUCAUAGCUGUAUUAAGAUUGCUUUAUGGAUGUAGUUCACUAUAUGGUGGUGUUUUAGGUGCUGCUUCUCAAGUUUAUGCUGUCACUGCACUGUUGUCAAUAACCUAAAGUUAAAAGAUGUCUGUCAAUGAUUUAUUCAGUACAGACUAAUUUCACUCUGAGCUAGAUGAAAACACUGAAACGCUGCUUUUCCUUUCUGCUCACCCCUGAAUGUGAAACAUGCAUACCUACUCUGUACUAGCUUACAGCUGAGAGUUUGUGUUUGAGGCACAGGGAUCAGUGCAGUCCCUGUGUGCAAUUCACAUGCUCUGUUUCUGAUAUAUCUGUUCAGAACUGACCAUUUGCCCUCCAACAGAGUAAAAUACAGUUGGGUCCCCAAUAAACCAAAAGCUUCAGUCAUGACAACAAAAAGUUAAUUUUUCAAAUUUCCUGAAGAAACAAGAAUAUACUAUCUUGUUGUCUACAAUGUUCUCUUCUAUCCCAGUAAUUUUUGCAGUUUCUACACUGCUCUUUUAAAAGGCACACAACCAUUACUCCACAUGGCAGCAUUUUCAAUUACUGUAUUCCAGGUGCCAGGCAACAGAGCAACAGCCACAGCUUAUUUCUGCACUAAUUAAUCAAUCUGCACACAAGAUAGAAGGACUGUAAAGUGCUGUAAAAAUACAUCUCUUCAUGUAGCACUGUUCAGGUCUUCCUGGGUCAGAAAUGUUUUACAAUAUUGAAAGAGUUAGAGGGAUGAAGCUAGUUCAAUAGUAUAGAUGAUAUUUCAUAACAAGAAAAAGGUUAUAACUGAGUGAGAUGGCAAUGAUUUCAUUCAGGUAGGCAAAAGCAAAAAAAGCAGAACCAAGGGCCCAUGUCAGGUGUUACUGCCUUGCAUGGUAACAGUUUGAUGCCAGUGACUGGAAAUACAGUUGACCACAAACAACUGAUAAGCAAAACUACUGCUGAGAGUCAUCACUGAAUAUGACAGAGACUGACAUCACUGACAUUGCUUAGUUGUCAUUCAUGUGACUGGAUUAAGAGUCUGAAGCAUGCUGUUCUUGGUUGUAGAAGUGGAAGUCAAACUACACAAAGCUACUCAGCACUUAAAUACUGUCAUGGUUAAGCCACAAAUUGCAUCUUUAAGCUGCUAAGUAUAGAUUGAAAAGUUCAGGUUCAACUUGCUUUGUUCCAUGUAAUAAAAACAAGUGUAUUUCUCAAA